AGUGAAAGAGAGAGUGAGUGGUGCAGCCCACAUCUAGAGGAGUACAGAGCAGUGAGAGGGAUAGAGGCAGCGUUAACUGCUGCUCCAGGGCUGCAUGCAGCUGUCUGGUCUGGGGCUGAGAGGGAGCAGGAGAGAGGGAGGGGUAGCUCAUAGGAGGAGGACAGGACUUGAAGGGAGAAAGAGGAGAGACGGGGUAAGAAGAGGGGAGGAGAGAAACAGAUGAGCGUGAGCGGAGCAUAGUAGGCCGGUUGACUGGAUGUAUCGUUGAGAAGCUAGGAGAAACUGGCAGACUGCAGCUGGUCUAUAAAAGGGAGGAAAGGGGCGGGGUUGUAAUUUGAGAGGGCCUGACAGAUCGGGCUAUAGUGUCACUACUCUACUCAGCACUAAGAUGUCAUGGCGUCCGACAUACCGAAGCUCCAAGUUUCGAAACGUCUACGGAAAAGUGGCCAACCGGGAGCACUGCUUUGACGGCAUUCCCAUCACCAAGAACGUCCAUGACAACCACUUCUGUGCCGUCAAUGCCAAGUUCCUGGCCAUCGUCACGGAGAGUGCCGGUGGAGGGUCCUUUAUCGUUAUCCCUGUCUCCCAGGCGGGCCGCAUCGACCCCCACCACCCCAAAGUGUGUGGCCACCAAGGCAAUGUCCUGGACAUCAAAUGGAAUCCCUUCUUUGAAAACAUCAUAGCUUCCUGCUCUGAAGAUUCCUCUGUACGAGUAUGGGAGAUCCCAGAGGGAGGGCUGAGGCGGAAUAUGACAGAGGCCAUGAUGGAGCUGUAUGGACACAGCAGACGUGUGGGCCUUAUCGAGUGGCACCCCACCAGCAGUGGAAUCCUCUUCAGUGCUGGCUAUGACUAUAAGAUCCUGAUCUGGAACCUGGAGAUAGGUGAGCCGGUGAAGAUGAUCGACUGUCACUCUGACGUCAUCGUGUGUAUGUCCUUCAACACAGACGGCAGCCUGCUGGCCACCAGCUGUAAAGACAAGAAGCUGCGUGUCAUCGAGCCGCGCUCCGGGAGAGUCUUACAGCAUGCCAGCUGUAAGAACCACAGGGUGAACAGAGUGGUGUUUCUGGGCAACAUGAAGAGGCUGCUGACGACAGGUGUGUCCCGGUGGAACACCAGACAGAUUGCAUUGUGGGAUCAGGAGGACCUGUCUAUGCCCAUGGUAGAAGAGGAGAUAGACGGUCUCUCAGGGCUGCUGUUUCCUUUCUAUGAUGCAGACACACACAUGCUGUACCUGGCAGGAAAGGGCGAUGGCAACAUCCGUUACUAUGAGAUCACCACAGAGAAGCCAUACCUGCAGUAUCUCAUGGAGUUCCGCUCCCCUGCCCCACAGAAAGGCCUUGGUGUGAUGCCUAAGCAUGGGCUGGACGUAACGGCCUGCGAGGUGUUUCGCUUCUACAAGCUGGUGACGCUGAAGGGGCUGAUCGAGCCCAUCUCCAUGAUAGUACCAAGGAGGUCAGAGACGUACCAGGAGGACAUCUAUCCAAUGACGGCAGGGACCGAGCCUGCCCUCUCAGCCAAUGACUGGUUGAGUGGUAUCAACCGAGACCCAGUGUUAAUGUCCCUGAAGAAGGGCUAUCAGAAGCCCAACCAGCUGGUGUUCAAGGCACCGGUGAAGGAAAAGAAAGGUGUGGUGGUCAACGGCAUUGACCUGCUGGAAAACGUGCCACCCAGGACAGAGAAUGAGCUACUGAGGAUGUUCUUCAGGCAGCAGGAGGAGCUGAGAAAGCUGAAGGAGGAGCUGAACACCAAGGACGUUAAAAUACGCCAGCUGGAGCUGGAACUCAACAACCUGAGGAACGUCAGCCCCGUUGGAAACAAUGUCUGACCUCUGAUCACCACCAUGCCACGUCCAGCGUCUUUCCUCCCUUUCAUCGUGUAUCAUUUGUACUUCCUGUUGCAAUUGAUAAUGUAAAUACUGAUUAUAACGUCUGUGUAACAAUUUUUGUUAUCGAUAAUGUCAUCAUAUUGACAUCACUGUUAAAUCCCUCAAUUGAUAACAUAAUAACCAACUGGUAAUGUAAUUUAUUGUUAUACUAUUUUUUUUAAAUUCUGUUCGAUAGAUGUAUCCUGAUAUCCGGUUUGGUUUCAUUAUGAUUAGAUAUUACAUCAUCACUCGCAAUACACUCCUCCCCCCUAUUGCAGAGCACCAUCAGUGUAUCCCAGGGGUCCUCACACCCCACCUGCCAUGUCAUGCCAUGCCCCUCUGAGUCCACCUGGCAAAGCCUUUGUCAUCACCCAGAAAUGCCACCCCCAAAUCCUCCAACCUCCACCCUGCCAUCGCCAGAGACUAACCUGGGGAAAGAGAUUGACUUCCCCCUUCUCCACCAAUCCUCCCCCAUGGUCUACCCACUGCAAACCAACUCACAGCAAAGCUGCAACAUCUCAACCUCCCAGUGGAAGCGUCUUCUACUAGUUCCAACUACUGUGGAUGAUGCAUUUUACAGGGACAUGAAUGAAGAUUAGUUUUACAGGGACAUGAAUGAGGAUGAUGAGUUUUACAGGGACAUGAAUGAAGAUUAGUUUUACAGGGACAUGAAUGAAGAUGAUGAGUUUUACAGGGACAUGAAUGAAGAUUAGUUUUACAGGGACAUGAAUGAAGAUGAUGAGUUUUACAGGGACAUGAAUGAAGAUGAUGAGUUUUACUGGGACAUGAAUGAAGAUUAGUUUUACAGGGACAUGAAUGAAGAUGAUGAGUUUUACAGGGACAUGAAUGAAGAUGAUGAGUUUUACAGGGACAUGAAUGAAGAUUAGUUUUACAGGGACAUGAAUGAAGAUUAGUUUUACAGGGACAUGAAUGAAGAUUAGUUUUACAGGGACAUGAAUGAAGAUGAUGAGUUUUACAGGGACAUGAAUGAAGAUUAGUUUUACAGGGACAUGAAUGAAGAUUAGUUUUACAGGGACAUGAAUGAGGAUGAUGAGUUUUACAGGGACAUGAAUGAAGAUUAGUUUUACAGGGACAUGAAUGAGGAUGAUGAGUUUUACAGGGACAUGAAUGAGGUGUAUUUCAAUACAGUUUUUUUUCUUCAUCUCCUAAGAAUGUGUUGUCUGUAAAAAGCUGCAGCUCUGGCUCAGCCUGGCACACAGCAACCCAGAUGUAGUCUUAAUGGGCAGUUUGUCUGUCGCCUCAGUCAUUAUCUUUAGGAGAAGUUUUGUUGGAAAAUGUAUUAUUGUUACUAUUUAUUUGUUAUAUUUGAUGUUUCUAGCUAACUCUUUAUGCAGAAACAUUCAUCUCAUGUCUUUGGGAGAAAUCGUGGUCAUGAAAAUGAUGGCUGACACACUUGUGGUUGAAUUAUGUUUUCACCCAAAUGGUGGCAAUUUGUCUGAGACCGUAUAUUCAAACAGAUCCUGUAUUCUCUUGAUUGAAUCGACACAAUACUAAAAUCUGGUCAAUUGGAGUAUUAGUCAACAUGAAAUUAGGUUUUGUACGUAACAGUACAUCAAACCUGAAAUAUUUAUACAAUAUUUGUCUUUAUAUCUUUCAGCUAUGAAUAUUCUAUUUCAGAAAGUACAUUGUUAAUCUGUGGUGUUCCACAUGACCCAUUCCUCUCAAGUUAAGACUCUCUGAUAUUUCCUGUAGUUCAGGUUACCUAUACCUGUAGUUCAGGUUACCUAUACCUGUAGUUCAGGUUACUAUAUCUGUAGUUCAGGUUACUAUACCUGUAGUUCAGGUUACUAUACCUGUAGUUCAGGUUACUAUACCUCUAGAGAGGAAUCAUUCAUUAUAUGUACCAUUGUCAUAAUAUUGUCAUAAUCAGUAACAUACUCUGCAGGGGUUGACUGACUAAAUUAUUGAAACAGC